UUGAAAUGUCACAAACCCACGUGAUUGAGGUUAUGUUGUCUUUCAUGCUGUGAACAUUUAAAUAUUUAUUUAUUGCAAUGGGUCGAAAAAAAGCGGGCGAAUUUGAUCAUCUGACUUUAGAGGAAAAGAAAGUAAUUACUGUUGCGGAAAUUGUGCAACAUCUAAUAAAAGCUCAAGAAGAGAAGCAUAAUGUAAAUUUAAACGCUUUAAAAGCCCGUAUUUCGUCGAAGUACGGGCUUAGUUCCUCACCCCGACUAGUGGACAUCAUUGCGGCGGUACCUAUAAAUUUUAAGAAGAUAUUAGUUCCAAAGUUACUCGCAAAACCGAUCCGUACAGCCAGUGGUAUUGCAGUGGUGGCGGUAAUGUGUAAACCUCACCGUUGUCCGCAUAUAAACAUGACCGGGAAUAUUUGCGUUUACUGCCCCGGGGGUCCUGAUUCUGACUUUGAAUACUCAACUCAGAGCUAUACAGGGUACGAGCCGACAUCUAUGAGAGCAAUUCGGGCUCGUUAUGACCCUUAUCUACAGACUAGGCAUCGAGUUGAUCAGUUGAAGCAGUUGGGCCACAGUGUAGAUAAAGUAGAAUUUAUCGUGAUGGGAGGUACAUUUAUGUCACUGUCUGAGGAUUAUCGUGAUUAUUUUAUCCGUAAUUUACAUGAUGCCUUGUCUGGACAUAAAAGUAAUUCGGUGUACGAAGCUGUGAAGUAUUCUGAAAGAUCAAAUGUUAAGUGUAUUGGCAUUACUAUUGAAACCAGACCGGACUAUUGUUUGGAAAGGCAUUUGUCCGAUAUGUUGAAUUAUGGUUGUACUCGUUUAGAAAUAGGAAUUCAAUCAGUGUAUGAAGAUGUAGCUAGAGAUACAAAUCGUGGUCAUACCGUAAAGGCUGUUUGUGAAUCGUUUAAUUUCUCUAAGGAUGCCGGUUUUAAAGUUGUUGCCCACAUGAUGCCCAAUUUACCAAAUGUCGACGAAGAGCGAGACAUUGAACAAUUUAUAGAACUGUUUGAGAACCCAGCCUUUCGGCCCGAUGGUUUGAAAAUCUAUCCAACUUUGGUGAUACGAGGUACUGGUCUAUACGAGUUGUGGAAGACGGGAAGAUACAAAAGUUAUCCCCCUUCUGUGCUUGUCGAUUUGAUCGCUAAUAUCUUGGCGCUAAUUCCGCCGUGGGUCAGGGUGUACAGAGUUCAAAGAGACAUUCCCAUGCCUCUUGUCAGCUCAGGAGUGGAACAUGGCAAUUUACGUGAACUGGCAUUGGCGAGAAUGAAGGAUCUGGAAUUGAAGUGCAGGGACGUUCGAACACGUGAAGUCGGAAUCACAGAGAUCCACCACAAAGUACGACCGAAUGAUGUUGAAUAUGUAAGACGAGAUUAUUGCGCCAAUAAUGGUUGGGAAUCAUUCUUAAGCUACGAGGACCCCAAACAAGACAUCUUGAUUGGAUUGCUAAGGUUGCGAAAAUGUUCUACUGAAACCACCUUCCGACCUGAACUAAAAGAGAACUGUUCAAUAGUGCGCGAGCUUCACGUUUAUGGCAGUGUAGUACCGGUAAAUGAUCGCGACAUGCUGAAAUUCCAGCAUAGAGGGUACGGUGCUUUCUUGAUGGAGAAUGCCGAACGUAUAGCAAUUCAUGAACAUAAGUCGACUAAAAUUGCCGUUAUUUCUGGAGUGGGCACACGAAAUUAUUAUCGCAAGUUGGGGUAUGAAUUAGAAGGCCCUUACAUGGUCAAAUCUUUGGAGAAAGAUGUUUACAAAAGCAGUCUACAUUACUAUGACAAAAAAGAAGCUUCUAGUGUAUAUGUAAAAACCACAGCCAUAAAAAAAGCCCCUGCUAUUUUAAGUGAUGAAGAUUUCUUAGGUGAAUACGAUCGACAGAAUAAUUGGAUUACACGGGCGUAAAGUAUUAUCAUUUAACCAAUCUUCUGUUUUCUUUUGUAAAUUGUUUUUAAAAAUAAAAUUAUCUGUAAAUGUAUACAAAUAUUUCUUGGAGUUAACUCAU